GGGGUCACCAUCUCUACUGGCAAUGGUUGGCAGUUGAGACUUGAGAGGGAUCCGCAAGAUCAACAUAAGUACAGCGAACAUAACAGCCGACCGUUCGUUUUCGGAUCGGAUCGGAUCGAAUCGAUCGGAAUAGGCGGGCAGCUGUGCAACUGUGCAUCGUAACAUACGGCAGACGUUAUCUGACUACAGUCAUGUCCGAGGACCCGAGCUCUCAACCUUGGUCUAUCAACAAGGAUGACUAUGAGCUACAGGAGGUGAUCGGGAGCGGAGCAACAGCUGUGGUCCAGGCAGCUUAUUGCAAACCCAGGAAGGAGAAAGUGGCCAUUAAACGCAUCAAUCUUGAGAAAUGCCAGACCAGCAUGGAUGAGCUCCUGAAAGAGAUUCAGGCAAUGAGCCAGUGCCAUCACCCAAAUAUUGUGUCUUAUUACACCUCCUUUGUGGUUAAGGAUGAGCUUUGGCUUGUCAUGAAGUUGCUCAGUGGUGGCUCAGUUCUUGAUUUUAUUAAGUACAUCAUUUCCAAAGGGGAGCACAAAUCGGGUGUGAUGGAUGAGGCCAGCAUUGCCACCAUACUAAAAGAGGUGCUAGAGGGUCUGGAUUAUCUGCACAAAAAUGGUCAGAUUCACAGGGAUGUUAAGGCUGGAAAUAUUCUUUUAGGAGAGGAUGGCUCUGUACAAAUUGCAGACUUUGGUGUUAGUGCCUUUUUAGCCACUGGGGGAGACAUGACUAGGAACAAAGUGAGGAAGACAUUUGUUGGAACUCCCUGCUGGAUGGCCCCAGAGGUGAUGGAGCAGGUUAGGGGUUAUGAUUUCAAAGCUGAUAUCUGGAGUUUUGGGAUUACAGCUAUUGAGCUGGCAACAGGGGCUGCUCCAUAUCAUAAAUACCCACCAAUGAAGGUUCUCAUGUUAACCCUGCAGAAUGACCCUCCUUGUCUAGAAACUGGAGUUACAGAUAAAGAGAUGGUCAAAAAGUAUGGGAAAUCCUUUCGGAAGAUGAUCUCCUUGUGCCUCCAGAAGGAUCCAGAGAAACGACCAGCAGCUGUUGACCUUUUAAAAAACAAGUUCUUUACAAAAGCCAAGAACACUGAAUACUUGAAAGAAAAGUUGCUGGAGAGAGCACCAACAAUAGGAGAGAGAGCAAGGAAGGUGCGGAGGGUUCCGGGCUCCAGUGGGCGUCUCCAUAAGACUGAGGAUGGAGAGUGGGAAUGGAGUGAUGAUGAGCUAGACGUGGAGAGUGAGGAAGGCAAGGCUGCAGUGUCUGCAUUACGGUCACCAAGAGUCAAAGAGGAAGCUGUGCAAAAUGCCAAGAUCUUUUCAAGGAAUCCGCCAAGCUUCCUGCAGGCAACAACUGCAGGUCAGUCUGAAGUGCCACAAACUGCAGAUGAAACCUCCACGAUAUCGGUGUCUUGUCCAGGCUCCCAGGCUGUUGGUGCACCAACUGCAACAGGGCAGGACUUGGGCAAGACCAUCAGCCUAGUCCUAAGACUAAGGAAUACAAAGAAAGAGCUAAAUGAUAUCAGAUUUGAGUUCAUGCCAGGGAGAGACACCGCUGAUGGAGUGUCUCAGGAACUUGUGUCUGCAGGCCUGGUGGAUGGGAGAGACUUAGUAAUUGUUGCAGCCAAUUUGCAGAAAAUUGUUGAUGAUCCUCAAACCCACAGAAAUGUCACUUUCAAGCUGGCAUCAGGAGUGGACAGCUCUGAAAUUCCAGACGAUGUUAAACUCAUGGGAUUUGCUCAGCUGAGUAUAAGUUAAAACAUAGUAUUACUAGCAACUGGAAAACACAAACUUCUCUGCAUAGAGUGCAUUGUAAAUGCUUUCAUUGGCCUAAAGAAACCACUACUGCCAAAGGGACAGAAGGAACCUGACACCACAUAGGAUGAACAAAUGUUUGAAUAGGACUGCAGCCGAGUUCAUAGGAGCGCACCUCAGAUGUUUACAGUAUUCAUGUAUGUUAUUUUCUGUUGCUUUAAACAUUUGCACAAUCUGAACCAACUUUGAAUACUGAUAGAUGUCAAAAGAAUGCCUUAUUUUCGAUAGUACUACUGAAUUUACAACUUUAGGUAGAUGAUAGCUGUGGAUCUCAUCUGUGAAAUGAAUGAGUGACUGUGAGUGCUGUGUGUACAUCAGUGGAGAAUGCACUGGGGAGGACUGUCAUUCAAAAGCAUUUAGAAGACUCGCACACAGUGCAUGUUGACACUUGUAAAGUUAGCUGUUCAAUACACUACUCAGCAAAGUGGUUAGUCAUUUUGGAGUGAUCAAGCUCAUCAUAGUUUUACACAUCCAGUUAAUAUGGUUAGUCAUCAGUCCUAAAACUCCCUCAGAAAAGACUUGAGGCUUCACCAGUAAUUGUGUUGAGACACACCUUUGCAUUGCACCUUACAGUUAAGUGACAUGCAUUAUAGCUGCUCUCACUAUAGGGAUGCAUUUCCAUCCUUCUGCAUGGGCUAACGCCAAACUGCAUGAAAGAUAUUGACUUAUAAAAGAUAGGCUGACCAUUUUGCACUGACUUGCAUUUUAAUAAAUAUGUUAAAACAAAAGUUGCAAGUGAUGUACAUGAAAUAUGGCAAUGAGCUUGUUUCGUCAAGAAGAUGAUUAACAAGAAUACGAAAUAUGAAAGACUUUCAACAUUAAAGAAAUUUAAAGCUGAAGUAAUUUUUCAAAGGAAUAGUUCACCCAGAAAUGAAAAUUCUCUCAUCAUUUACUCACCCUCAUGAAA